GUUCAUUUCCUGCAAUUGUGCAAAAGCCUAAACCCUGAAACUCGAGUAAGAGAGAGAGAGUGAGCAGAUACAUCAGAAGCCAUGAAAAGAGCUCUUCUAAGAAAUGCUUCACUCUACACUCGCAACUUUCUAUCAUCUCCUUCAAUUUCUUCAAAACCAAUUCAAUCAAUUCAAAAUGUAAUUUUACCCCCAUUUUCUCACGUCUUUUCGCGCAGGUUCUUCUCUUCUGAAGAUGAUUCUUCCGACCAAAAUCCCCAACCACCCCCUCCUCCCGAGACCAGCUUGGCGCAACCCGAGGUCAAAGAUCCCACAAUUGGUGUUGAAGAUAUCGGCAAUAAAGAGCUGAAACUGAGGAUAGAGAAGUACUUCAAGGGUGAUGAAGAGGCGCUUCCAUCGGUCCUCGAAGCCAUACUAGCAAGGAGGUUGUUAGGGAAGCAUGAAGAUACUGAUGAUGAGUUGGCGGAAGAACUCCAAUUCACUCCAAUUGAUGACGUAGGCGACAAAGAAUUUGAGUCGGAUUUCGAGGAGAGUCAUAAAACAGAUGAAGAUAUUCCUGACUUGUACAAUGCCAAGGAAAUAGUUGUGAAUAGGAUGAUGGAGGAUGAAUACUAUAACAUGGAUGACCAAAAGUGGAAUGCCAUCGUCCAAGAAGCAACUGAGAAAGGAUUUGCUAGGGAUAUGAGGGAAUGUGAGGAGAUUUUGGAGGAUAUGCGCGAUUGGGAUAAGCUCCUCCCAGAUGACAUUAAGCAGAAGGUCCAAGCAAAGUUUGAUGAGUUAGGAGAUAAAUGUGAACGACAGGAACUUGAGCCUGAGGAAGCAUAUCAGCACUUCAAGGAGUUUGAAGAUCAGAUUGUGGCUGAGUAUAUGGAGAAGGUGGAUGCAGAGGGACCUCCAAAGUCCGAUGAAGUGACUGAGCUUGUAGAGAAAAAAAAGUCUGAUGAUCCACCAGGUGUGGGUCCAAUUCUCAGAUGGCAUACACGGGUGGUAUUUGCUCCAGGUGGUGAUGCUUGGCAUCCUAAAAACAGAAAGGUGAAACUAUCAGUGACAGUCAAGGAGCUUGGACUUUCAAAAUAUCAGUUCCGUCGUUUGAGGGAAAUAGUAGGAAAACGGUAUCAUCCUGGAAAAGACGAGCUAACAAUCAUAAGUGAGAGGUUUGAACACCGUGAAGAGAAUAGGAAAGACUGUCUGAGAACCCUGCUUAAUAUAAUUGAAGAUGCUGGUAAAGCUAAUGCAUUGGUAGAGGAGUCUCGAACGUCAUAUGUCAAACAGAGGCUUAAAGCAAACCCAGCAUUCAUGGAAAGGUUGCUUGCUAAGACAAAGAAGAUCCCAGCUGCUAUUCCUGCAUGAGUUUUCUUUCUCUAGAAUAGAGUUUUGCAAAGUUUGUCAUAGUUCUUUUGGUCGAGGCAGUAUACUCGAUGCAUCAACUUUUUUUGGUUGCUUCAGGUGUCAAAGGGGAAACCUGAAAGUGUAUUGCUGUAGAUGGUUUACAAUGGGAGCCAUUUUUAUCCGAAAUUCUACUCUAGUAGACGUGCACACGAAUGUCAGACUCAUUUUUAGAAAGGAAGCCAUGUUGUAGAAUCUGUUUUGGUUGGUCCAUUGCCAUUUAAAUAAUCGUGCAAAAAUGAUUUUAGGGUUGUAUUAUCUUGAAGGAACAAAACUGACAUAACUUUGAAAUUAAAUUGUUUACUUGUUGACA